UUCUUCUGAAAUGAAGACCUUCAGUGUUUGUUUGUGGUUUCUGCAGGAUCUUUGCUGUAAAAUGUUUCCUUAAAGCAGCAGCAGGAGGCUGAACCCACUCUGGUCUGAUAAAGACGUUAAAGGAGGAAAUAAGUUCAGUCUGCAGCCGCCGACAUGGACCUCAGAGCUCUGACGCUGUUUGUGGGUUUGUGCAGCUCAGCGAGUCCUGCUGAGGUCCGGCUGGUCGGAGGUCCGAGUCCCUGUUCUGGCAGACUGGAGCAGCAGCGUCAGUCGGACUGGGAACCAGUGAGGGACCAGAACCUGGACUGGAACCUGACGGCAGCAGAUCAGGUCUGCAGGAGGAUCAGCUGUGGUUCUGUGGUUUCACUCAGGAGAACUCUGGACCAGGAACCUCCACAAGACUUGGUCACCAGAGAUGAGUCCAGAGCUGAAGGAACUCCAGAACGGCCCCCCUUCAGAGUGGAGAUCACCUGCUCAGACUCUGUGAGGCUGGUGGACAGGUCUAACCUGUGUUCAGGUAGACUGCAGGUGAAGAGGAACCAGGUGUGGUCCUCAGUGUGUUCAGAUGGAUUUGACCUGCAGGAUGCUGAGGUGGUCUGCAGGGAGCUGGGCUGUGGUUCUCCUUCAGGGUUUAAGGAGGAACUCUAUGGAGAAGCUCCAGAGUGGAUCCCAGAGUUCCGGUGUGGAGGCCAUGAGUCUGCUCUGCUGCACUGUGAGCGCUCAGAUAGAGACACCUGCUCACCUGGAACCACCGUCACACUCACCUGCUCAGAUCCAGGUAGAGUCCGGCUGGUUGAAGGAUCCGGUCGGUGUGACGGCACUGUGGAGCUGAUAAACUGGGGUGAAUGGAGACCAGUGGACGAGCCAUACGGGGACCUGAGGUGGGCCAGCGUAUUGUGUGAUGAGCUGGACUGUGGAGCUCCAGUUUCAACCAGGAGAAGAGAGACGGGUCCAAAAGACACCUGGGGAUUUGACUAUGACUGCUUGGCCACUCUGAUUAAUUGUUUCACAAAACCUAAAACCUCCUCUGGUGUCAUAGAGCUCACCUGCUCAGGUAAAACCAUCAAGAGUCAACUUUAGUGUGUUGGUAAAAUGUGUUUCCAGUGAAAUAUA